AUGCACGAUGCUUUAGGUUUCGUUUUCUGCAAUUCGAGGCACGGGAACACCGUGCUGUGUUACGGGAACUACAGGUAUAGAAAGGGUUACGUGUACAGCGACGGGGAGAGGAUCAAAUGGGAGUGCGUGAAGGUCGGCAGGUCGCGGGGCUCGUGCGGUGCAGCCGUUGUCACCUUGGACGGAACCGUGGUCGACGUCAAGAGCAUCCACAACCAU